CGUCUACGGGGUCGUGUUCGCGCCGUCUCUGUAUUUCCGUCCACGGUCCGUAACACGACGCCAUCGUCACUUCCGAAAACAGACGACCCCAGUUUCGUUUCCCCGCCCCCUCGAUCACCCCCGGGGUUUUCCGGUGCAGUUUUCCGCCGAAAACCGUCGACAUCCGGUCUCGGCGAUUCUAGCACCGAGUCGGUCAACCACGUCCUUAUACCGCUACCCUCGUUACCCCACCGUCCUGAAUUUGACUUUGGCCGAAAACCACCCCAGUGUUCGCACGACCGUCGCACGCGUCACGUCCGUUACCGCCGAUCGUUUCGUUAAUUUUUCUAUCGCCAACGUCGCGCUGACGUACACCGAUGCGAAAGGUUUGACCGUGUCCGUCCCCGACACGCUCGUCAACGGUAAACCGCGAUCGAUUCACCUAAUGAAUAACUGAGUCAACAACGGCAAGAGCAUAACAAUUCAAUUAAUGUUAUUCAACUUCAAUAAAUAAGAAGAGACAUUUCGAUGCAACUACUCGUGGCGUUUUGGUCAUAGACACUAUAUAUCAUCGCAUUGUUGUACGCGCACGCUGACGGGCCACCGGGCGGAAGUUACGAGAACGUACGGUGUCGCGAAAUCUACGAGCUUUUGCUGAGGGUAAAAGAUUUUCCGGGAUUAAAGAAAAUGAUGUUGUUAAUACUAAACUGAAAUUGAGGUAUGGAAAAAGCGCACUAUACGGUGCACCGACAGGCGCUAUGGAUCUUAUGUUUCCACGUCGUUUGCAGUAUUUCCAUUGUCACAGAAUACAUUUCUACCACACAAACAACCAUGGAUGUCAACGUAAUUGAUGAAAAUCAUCAUCAACACGAAGUUGGUUCAAAAUGGUCACCGUUGUUCGAAGACGGCCCUGGGCCCGAUAACGUCACGGCUCGUAUAGGAUCGACUGUGCAAUUGAACUGUAAAAUACAACUGCUUUACGAUAAAACGGUCACGUGGGUUCAUCGGAAAUCCGACGAUAUCCAAUUGUUGACCGUAGGACGUCAGGUGCACAGUUCAGACCAACGGAUAUCGUUAAGUUUCAGAUAUCCGAAUAACUGGAGACUUCAAAUUGUUUAUAUAACCGAUAGGGACGAUGGAGUAUACGAAUGUCAAGUGGCAACACAUCCGCCGACUACUAAAAAGACGUACCUCAGAGUUGACGUACCUACGGUACGCAUGUCAGUAACAGGUACCGGUGAUGUGACCAGAGGCGGCAGCGACGUUUUUUAUAAAACUGGCAGUACCCUGGAAAUCGUCUGCAAAGUAAUACACGCUGGUAGCAACAAUGGAUCCAAAGUAUCCUGGUUUAGAGGACGACAAACCAUUUCAAGCGGAAUCACCGAAAGGGCCAACAAUGACUCUAGUUGUACGACAGUUGUGUCCACGCUGAAAAUCAAACACGUACAGAAAAAACAUUCAGGCAACUAUACGUGUCUGGUUGGAUCAUCAUCUGCCUCGGCAGCCGUCUCUAUUCAUAUACUCAACGGAGAUCAACCGGCAGCGGUGCAUGACGGUAAUUCGGGUCCUCUAGUUUGUUGCGUGGCUGGCUGGUGGCUGCUAACUUUAUGCUGCCUGGUGCUAUCAAGCUGAUUCUACGGAUCGGUACAGUUUGACCGCCGACUGCAGGGAAGAUAUAUUGCCUAACCAUCGUCACCCAAGAAAAGAAUAUUAUCGCUGAAAAUUGUGUCACCAAGAUUACUGAUUUCGGCCACUUCCUAAACGGAAUUACGACGACGAUACACUUAAACAAUAACGAUCGUUUUUUAUAUAUUUAUGAAUGCAUACGAGCGUCCGUACACGUAAUAUAAGAUUUAACUUCCGAGCAAAAAUGUUAAUCAUGUCGUAAGACAGCAAUUAUUAUUAUUAUCAACUCUAUACAUAGAGCCGUGUUAAGAGGGGUCAAAAGGGGCAAUUGCCUCUGGACGCCAUAGUUUUUAAAAAGUAAGGGGGCGCCUUUAUCUGCACUUAAUGUAACCUGUGCCUAGUGAUCCCGUAGAAAAAAUUUUGCCACGGGGCGCUGAAAUGUUUGACACGGCUCUGUCUAUACAUAUUUCAUAACAUCCUUCAUUAUAUUAUUAUAUUUACUCGUGAUACGUAUGGUGCGUAUUUUUAAUGCUUGUACCACAUGGGUGAAAAAAAUUUAGUUAUACCGAGUGUAACAAAAAAAUCUGAUACACCUCAUAAGAAAAAUUGUAAACGUAAUAGAACUAUUCCUGUUACAUCCUGCAUAAUGUUACCAAGUAAAAUUGUGUAUUUUUCAAAUUAUAUUAUAGGGUUACAUGUUUUUAUUAUAUCAAAGUGAAUAUCAUUUAAUUGUAUAUUCUAUAUACUCGAGCAAAAAAACAUGUCAUCGUAAAUAUUAUUUAAAGGAAGGAGUUUGUGGAUACCUGGCCCCUUUGCUUUUCACCAUUUCUUAUGACUCUAAUCUAUUAUAUAUUUUUUAAACAUUCGAUGAUAAGAUGUAAAGUUUCACUUUUGUUUUUAAAUUUAUAAAACUUACAUAACAUUUAUAUAUUGAGUUUAUUUUACUUACAUCUAUAUUUUAUGUGCUCGUACAAAAUUGUAUUACUUAUUUGUAAUAACGUAAAUACAAGCACAGAAACAAUUAAUUGCUAGUGCAUCAUGGUAUUAUUUUUAUUAAGCGUCCAUAUUUACCGUUUAAAGAAUAGAAAAAAUGAGAGGCGUUCAAAUACGACCCCCCCUCCUGUAAAUUGAAUAUAUCGAUCACUAAUUAUCAUCAAUCAAUAUAAAUACAAAUCCUCACUAUUCUCUACAUAAUUUUUUAAUUUUUUUUUACUAAAUAUGACUUUUUAUUUAUACUCUUUAUUUUACUAAAUAUAAUUCAGAUAUCGUUUUAUGCACUUCUGAUAAUCUCUCAACAGUGUUUAUUAGCCGAAAAUAAUUACCAAAAAAACUGUAUAAAACUGUGUAUACUGACAUAUUUCUUACACAUAAAGAUAAU